CUAUCAGACGGCUGCUGAGGAGGACGCACACAGGCGCACAUACACACACAGCCAGAGGAAUUAUGCCCUGCCCAGCUGCAGCUUUGCCUAUUUGAAGAGGUGACCUAUGCAUACCAAGUAGUUAUAAGUCCGGGGACAUCCCCGUAUUUUUGUUUAUUAUGAGCAUGGAAGAUUAUGACUACCUGUUCAAAAUAGUUCUGAUUGGAAAUGCUGGAGUUGGGAAGACAUGUCUUGUCCGGCGCUUUACUCAGGGCCUUUUCCCACCUGGACAAGGGGCUACUAUUGGAGUAGACUUCAUGAUUAAAACUGUGGAGAUCAAAGGGGAGAAGGUCAAGCUGCAGAUAUGGGACACAGCUGGACAGGAGAGAUUUCGCUCCAUUACUCAGAGUUAUUACCGUAGUGCCAACGCCCUCAUUCUUACAUAUGACAUUACCUGUGAGGACUCCUUCAGGUGCCUUCCAGAGUGGCUGAGGGAGAUUGAGCAGUAUGCCAACAACCAAGUGGUGACUAUAUUAGUCGGUAAUAAAAUAGAUCUGGCAGAGAAGAGAGAAGUCCUCAGGCAGAGGGCUGAAGACUUCGCCGAGGCUCAGAGCAUGCUGUAUCUGGAGACGUCAGCCAAAGAGUCUGACAAUGUUGAGAAACUUUUCCUCGACCUGGCCUGCGAACUCAUUCGAGAGGCCAAGCAGAACAAGCUGGAUAACAAUGACACUGCCCCGAUGCCCGGCGAGGGUAAAACCAUCAGUUAUUUGAGCUGCUGCAGCCUCAAUUAGAAAAGGACCCAGCCGCCCGGUCGUGGUAACUCAGUAGCCAUUGACUGUAGAGGGUAGAUGGCUGAGCCUCAAUGCCUCCGUCCCACUAAGACGGCAUAAAGCCUGCUCUUAGUCUGGUCAUUUCUAGUCCCAUGCCUUUUUUUUUUUAAAGCUGAACAAGAGAGUUAGUCGACAUUAGUUUGGCCUUCCAGGAACGCGCAUAUUCAGAUGCUGCCACUCUGGAGAACAUUGUGCGUGUGCGCGACGCAUCCGGAAAUCUGACUAGGGCUCCAUUUCAUCCUCUUCAUGGGGAAAUAGCAGGAUUUUCCUGUUUGGGUUUUAUGAUCCAUUCUCGUCAAACAUCAAUAUUCACCAGCAGUAUUAUGUGAGUGAAAAGCUCAGCCAGGUAUUUUGUUACAGAUCCCAUAUAGUUGACCAGAUGUUUCAUAAUCAUAGGAGGUCAUCUAUUAGCGGUAACAACAUGUUUACAUGAAGUACACUUCUGAGAUUACCAUAGUUGAUCAAAUUGCAAAAAAAAAUAAAAAUAAAAAAUAGACUUUGCAUACGUACCCUGAAAUCUUUUGCACAAUCAAUUAUUUCCCACUACGGUUUCUUCUGCUCUGAAUAUGGGCAAUGUUAUUAACGUUCCUAAUUUCAUUUCUGAAUCAUUAUUUGCACCUGUCAUUGCAAACUGUGAAAUAUUUGUUCCCAAUAGAUUUUUACUUGCUGCUAAAAUAUGUUUUUUUUUUAUGUCAAAUAACAUAAACUGAAAGACACGUAUAAAUACUACAGUAUUCUGUGAUACCAUUAUUUUUUUUUUUUAGUAUACUUGCAGUGCUUGUGAUUAGUCAGUUGACUUAGUUUGAAGCAGUUUGAAAGGCUCUUAUCAGCAGAAAUUAUAAGCAGUUUAAUCAAUUAAGAUAUUUGUUCUUUUCCUGUCAGCGGAUCCUUUGUUGUUAUCCAUAGACGUGAAUAUUUCUGCCUUUGUUGUUGCUGCCUAGCCAUGAAAAUGUUUGAAGGAGUAUGUUCACGUAGUUUUGUAUGACUUGUUGUAUUUCAUAUGCUUUUAGUGUGAAGUUUCUCGAUUGUUCAGCAUGUUUAGCCACAAUUCGUAGUGUCCCUCUUUCAUAUAUUUGCCAUAACUGUAACGUACUGUAUUGCACAAUGCCAUAAACUGCACACUUAUUUUUAUUGUAACAUUUUGUCUUUUGUUGUACGGACUUAGUACUGUAGUACAUAUUGGCACUUUGCUUUUAUAAUUUUUGUAUUUUCAGUAAUCCCUUUGUAAAACUGGCGAGCAUUUUGUUUUGCCUUUUACCUUAGAUUUCAACAACAGUUACACACCCUGGCCUCUUCCCGUCUACACAAUAUGGGAAAUACCAAGGAAUCACUAUUGGGAUGUUGUCCUUCUUUUCUUUUAUGUGUACAAAAUAAUCCUUAAAAUAAUCUGUAUAACAUUAAACAAUAACACUAA